UCUAUGUGAGUGACAACCAGUUGGUUAGUUUACCUACCAGUAUACAGAAGCUGAACCAGCUUGAGGAGCUGCACUUGUAUGAUAACAGACUUACAGAACUUCCUUCUGAGAUUGGUGACUUAAAGGAGCUUAGGGGGCUCUAUGUGAGUCGUAACCAGUUGGUUAGUUUACCUACCAGUAUACAGAAGCUGAACCAGCUUGAGGAGUUGCACUUGUAUGAUAACAGACUUACAGAACUUCCUUCUGAGAUUGGUGACUUAAAGGAGCUUAGGGGGCUCUAUGUGAGUCGUAACCAGUUGGUUAGUUUACCUACCAGUAUACAGAAGCUGAACCAGCUUGAGGUACUAGACUUGAAUAAUAACAAACUUACAGAACUGCCAUCUGAGAUUGGUGACUUAAAGGAGCUGAGGAGCCUGGAUGUGAGUAGGAACCAGUUGGUUAGUUUACCUACCAGUAUACAGAAGCUGAACCAGCUUGACGAGCUGAUCUUGUCUGGUAACAAACUUACAGAACUGCCAUCUGAGAUUGGGGACUUAAAGGAGCUAAGGAGUCUGGAUGUGAGUAACAAUCAGUUGGUUAGUUUACCUACCAGUAUACAGAAGCUGAACCAGCUUGACGAGCUGAUCUUGUCUGGUAACAAACUUACAGAACUGCCAUCUGAGAUUGACUUAAAGGAGCUGAGGAGUCGGGAUGUGAGUGGUAAUCCUUAUUCUAUGGAUGCAAUACAUGCUCUAGAGAUGAAGAAAAAGGGAAUGAUCAGUUCGGUUAUUACAGGUUGGUGUGGGAAUAAUUUUCAAUGAAAUUGUCAUCAAUAAGAGUUUUUAGAAUGGUACUUUUAUUAUAUAUAGAUGGAAAAUAUUUCAAUUUAAGUAGUGCCAUUAUUUUUGUCUUUGUUUUUAAUAAGGCUCGAGCAAAAUUGAAAAUAACCAAACGAAACCUUCCUUCAUACUUUGUCUAAUUAGUUGUUAAUAGUUUCAGAUGAAACUACUCACUGUGGCAUUUGCUUGACUGCCAUCAAAAACCUGCGCUGAGCAUCAGUGGGGAAAAGUUUGGGCCGAAUUUUUGAAACAAAUACGUAUAGUUAAAUUCCUUUUACUUCAUAUGAACAUGCCAUCCUUUCUCGCAACAAAAACGUUAUCAGUUUUUCUACACGCCCCUCCCCCGCCCACUGAUGACCUCUGUUCAUUGUCAUUUACAAGAGGAAGGGAAAAUGUUUUUUGACAAGGCUAAAAAAGACAUUUAUGAACAAAAGUUGUAACAAAAUGUAAAUAUUUUACCCGAUGGCUUUUUGCACUGCAAGCAAAUUUCAGAGGAUUAUUUACUUCGAGUCGUUUUUCCUUUCAGCAACAGAGAGAAAACUAAAGUAUUAAAUCGUCUGAAGCUCAGGCUAAUUAAAAUGUAGACUUGAGAAAAAUUAGUUCUUUUGUGCAACUGUUUUUCGCCGGUGUAUCUUUCUUUUAAUGCCAUUGGGGCGAUAUUAAGUGAGAGCCUAUUAACAGUUUUUAUUUCAACAGUCAGUUAUCGAGUAGAAUGACGAUUAUUGCUGUUCAAAACAGGGUUUUUGUGGUUAGUGGUUAAUUUACGCAAAUAACUGUCCCCAGAUAACUUAACAGGAUCUAAUAUGUUUUCCAGCAAAAGAGCCAAAUUCGAAUGGACCAUUUAGCAAUUACUCAGGGGCACCCAAUGACAGUUUCCUCCCACAUACAUUGAAAACCCUUUCUAGGCUAUCCAGGGUACUUUUAUAUCUUUAGAAAUGCAUUGUAAUCGGCGCUACAGAAUUUGAAUCUAUUCGGUCUAGCCUGCGUGGCAGGCGCAGAAAGGGGAGGGGGAGGGAGAAAAGCGCGAAAGCGGGGAAAAGGGAAGGGAGCCCCUUACCAACUCUCCUCAAUCCCCCUUCCCUAUUUCCAUUCCUCCCUAUCCCCUACCUUUUUCGAAGCCUGCUACGCAGGCUAGUUCGGUUAUCCUAGGGCAACUUAAGUCUUUUCGAAAUUACAAGGGCUUCAGUAUUAUUUUCCCGACAAUUUUAGGUGCAAUUUAAAGUUUUACGAAAGUAAGAAUUCUCUCGGAUUCGAAAAUGUGAUGGACCAUCACAUUUUCGAGUCCGAAAAUUUUAGGUUUCCUUUUUCUACGAAAAAUUGCUUAACCUGGGGAGUGAAAUGGGCGAAAUUAAACUUUACAAAAUCGUAGGGAAUUUAUUAGAUAAGCCGCUUCGAAAAUUUUAAAUGAAUGGAGUGGUCAUCUAGAAAGUUUUAGCCUUCCUUUCCUUAAGCUAUAGAAACUUUUAGGCAAUUUUUGCUUCUCCGAACAGAUAUUUUACAGAAAACAGUCAUUGGGUGACCUUGAUUAUUGAAUGAGGGUGAGUAUGAUGUGAAGAAGUUUGCAGAUCGACGAGGAUUUUAGGUGGAUAACANAAAGAGCCAAAUUCGAAUGGACCAUUUAGCAAUUACUCAGGGGCACCCAAUGACAGUUUCCUCCCACAUACAUUGAAAACCCUUUCUAGGCUAUCCAGGGUACUUUUAUAUCUUUAGAAAUGCAUUGUAAUCGGCGCUACAGAAUUUGAAUCUAUUCGGUCUAGCCUGCGUGGCAGGCGCAGAAAGGGGAGGGGGAGGGAGAAAAGCGCGAAAGCGGGGAAAAGGGAAGGGAGCCCCUUACCAACUCUCCUCAAUCCCCCUUCCCUAUUUCCAUUCCUCCCUAUCCCCUACCUUUUUCGAAGCCUGCUACGCAGGCUAGUUCGGUUAUCCUAGGGCAACUUAAGUCUUUUCGAAAUUACAAGGGCUUCAGUAUUAUUUUCCCGACAAUUUUAGGUGCAAUUUAAAGUUUUACGAAAGUAAGAAUUCUCUCGGAUUCGAAAAUGUGAUGGACCAUCACAUUUUCGAGUCCGAAAAUUUUAGGUUUCCUUUUUCUACGAAAAAUUGCUUAACCUGGGGAGUGAAAUGGGCGAAAUUAAACUUUACAAAAUCGUAGGGAAUUUAUUAGAUAAGCCGCUUCGAAAAUUUUAAAUGAAUGGAGUGGUCAUCUAGAAAGUUUUAGCCUUCCUUUCCUUAAGCUAUAGAAACUUUUAGGCAAUUUUUGCUUCUCCGAACAGAUAUUUUACAGAAAACAGUCAUUGGGUGACCUUGAUUAUUGAAUGAGGGUGAGUAUGAUGUGAAGAAGUUUGCAGAUCGACGAGGAUUUUAGGUGGAUAACAGCCUCCGUGAUCUGCAUAAUUCUUCACAUCAUAUGAAAGCUGCUUCCAAUUUUGGGCUGACGUAACGUACAAAUGUCUGAUUACCACUGUAGUGCAGAUGCAGUUAUUUUGAAUGUAACAACUUCUGUGGCACCUAGUUCUCGGGGGACGGGGUACCCCGGAUUUCAAGUUACGGGGAUGCUCGAAUGCGGACAAAAAUCAACCCUCCCCCCCGCCCCGAAAAAAACCCAAUAGGGUUUCUUACAAAACCCCAAAAAUCCCUGCACAAAAAUUAACCCCCUCCCCCCGCCCCCCAAAAAAAUAUCCAUGCCGAAUAUUAGUGAGAGCCUUCUCGCUAUCAACACUCGAGACACCCAAGAAAAUCUUCUGUUUCAUCACUAACAUUAUGCAGAAUGACAACUUCAGAUUGUUUUGAAUACGCAAAAAAAUACCCACGUAAAUCAAAAUUUUCGUAACCAAAAAUUACCGGAAUCGAAAAUUUCAAACCCACCUCAAAACUUCGAUCAUCCCCGUCACUUGAAAUCCGGAGUACCCCACUGGGACCCAGUUAUUUAAGUGUUAGUGAGAAAAAGUCUUUACCGAUGUUCAGUGAAGUUUUUCAAAGCUUUCAUUCAUUUCGCUUGCUACCAUUUAAAACCGAAAAACCAAAAGCAAUUCAACGUGAUAUGCGAACUUUCAUUUCUCAGGGGCUGUCCACUUUGCCCAGGAAUCAGUGGCUUCGUACCUGCCUCCAAUGGAGUCACCUUCAUUCCGUGAGUACCCGAUAUGCAACUGUGUACAUAGUCACUCCAUUUCUCGAAUGGCGACAAAAAUCAACCCCCCCCCCCAAAAAAAAAAAAUCCCUAGGGUUUCCAACAAAGUGAAAUACUAACCAAAAAAAUCCCGGAGUCGAAAAUUUCAAACCCAAAAAAAUCCUUCAAUCAACCCCGUCACUUCCAAAGGUAUCGACAGCGAAAAACCUAAAGUAAUCCGAUCAAACAAAAUUUGUAGCAUUAUACAGUUGACUCCCGAUAACUCGAACACUCGCUAACUCGAACCUUGCGCUAACUCGAACCAAAAUCGAUUUCCGCUGGAUUUCCGACAUACAUUCAGUACUGUAAUUUUACCCUCGGUAACUAGGACCUUCCGCUAACUCGAAGUAAUUUUCGUUUUCCCUCAGAUCAUUCCUAAAUAAUGUUACUCUCGAUAACUCGAACCAUGUUUGAGCCCUUAAAAAGUCGGAGAAAACCAGUGUACUGGCGUCCGAAACUCUGAAUUUUGAAUUUCCCGUUAACGUGUUCUAGGCAUUGUUUACCAGUGGAGGCUGAUGUUGUUUGUAACAAAUCUAACGUGAAACAGAAAAAAAAUCCCAAACAAAUCCAAAAAAACGUGAAACAGCAAACAACCCCCCAAAAUCCUUCCACUACCCCCGUCACCUGAAAUCCGGCGCCCCCCCCCCCCCCCCCCCCCCCCAACCACCACUACCACCCCCACACCACAAAACCCACACACCACACACCCACCCACACACACAGACCAAAGAUCCCAUAGCAUUUAAGAUCUUUUAAAGGUAUCGAUUAAAAGGUAUCGACGGCGAAAAACCCAAAGUAAUCCGAUCAAGCAAAUUUGCAGCAUUAUACGUGAUAUGCGAACGUUCUAUUUCAUUUCUCAGGGGCUGUCCACACUGCCCGCCGGGAAUUAGUGCCUCGGUACCGGCCCAAAGUGGUGUCGCGGCGUUCACACCGUAAGUACCCGAUAUGUAACUGUGUACAUAGUUACUCCAUUCCUCGAAUGGGAACAAAAAUCAACCCCCCCCCCCCCCCACAAAAAAAAAAAUUCGCUAGGUUUUCCAACAAAACCUAAACAACACUCGAGACACCUUGUUUCCGCUCAGAUCAUUUCUAUAUAUUGUUACUUUCGAUAACUCGAACCAUGUUUGAGCCCGAAACUUUGAAUUUUGAAUUCCUCAUUGACAUAUUCUAGGCAUUGUUUACCAGUGAAAGCUAAUGUUGUUUGUCACAAAUCUAACGUGAAACAGCUUUACUUCUCAAAACAGUAAAUUGCAUGCUCUAUUUAGGCAAUGUUUUGUUAUUUCACGUUCUAAUUUAUAAUCUAGAAGUAUCUUUUCUGAUCUUUCAAUUAUCACACAAUUAAAUGGGUGAUUAAAAACUGUUUUUUUCCUUACUCCCGCUAUUUUCUUCGAACUCCUGAUCAGUAACUCGAACUCCCGAUAACUCGAACUUUUUUCGAUUUCCCUUGAAGGUUCGAGUUAUCGAGAGUCGACUGUACGUGAUAUGCGAACGUUCUGUUUCAUUUCUCAGGGGCUGUCCAAACUGUCCAGGAAUCAGUGGCUUCGUACCCGCCCAAAAUGGUGUCACCUUCACUCCGUGAGUACCCGAUAUGCCACUGUGUACAUAGUUACUCCAUUUCUCGAAUGAGGACAAAAUCAACCCCCCCCCCCCGAAAAAAAAAUCCCUAGGGUUUCCUACAAAACCCAAACAACACUCGAGACACCCAAGAACAUCUUCUGUUUCAUCAAUAACAUAAGAAUGAGAACUUCAAAUUGUUUUGAAAAUGCAAAAAAUCCCCACGUAAAUGAUAUACUAGCCAAAAAAUCCCGGAAUCGAAAAUUUCAACUCCCAAAAAAUCCUUCAGUCACCCCAGUCACUUGAAAUCUGGAGUCUUUCCCCCUCUCCUCAUAGUAUCGACAGCGAAAAACCAAAAGUAAUUCGAUCAAGCAAAAUUUGUACCAUUCAACAUGAUAUGCGACGAUCUGUUUUAUUUCUUAGCGGCUGUCAACACUGCCGAGGAAUCAUUGGCUUUGUCCGAGCUCGCAAUGGUGUUGCCGCGUCGAGCCGGUGAGUACCCGAUAUGCAACUGUGUACAUAGUUACUUCGUUUCCCCCUUUCAGACGCCAUUUUUUUUAAAAACAUGAGCUUUGCAACGAUUACAAAGCCGUGGUCUCACUGCCAUAGAACUAACAAAAACAGUGUGCACACAGGGACCUGGUGCCCACUUUUGUGCCCGAGCACAAGGUCUCGACCUUGUACUCGGGCACCGGCACCGUGCCCGAAUUCUAGCGUGGGUAUGCUUGAAAAAAGGGUGUGUUCACAUUAGUGCCCAGCGAGUACCGUACUUGAGCACCGUGUCCGGGCACCAAGUAUGAAGGCUGCCUUACUUUUCCGCGUACAACAAAGGAAAUAGGACACGUCUGCCGGCACGCAGGCUAUUUGUUCCAUUGAUGUCGAAUUCCGAUUUUCAUAAAACAGAACAGUUUUUUGUGUCGGCAUAAAAACUGAAGCUUUCUGGUAUGCUGUAUACGUAGACAUACAGACAUAUUCAGGUUUAUCCUAAUUUAUCUUAUCAUUGCAUCUUAUGUUCCGCAAGGAAAAAGGAAAAGGCCUUUGUUCGAACAAACUGCUGAAACUGGAAUGCUUUCGAAAGCUGGCAAAGAGGAAGAAGUGGUUGAGACAGUGUUACGUGUGAAAGCCGCUAAAAAAGAGGUUGUAGUAGUGCCAGAGGAUGAAACUGAGGUUGAAGACAAUACUUAUGUUGGCGAAAGUAGAAGUGUUAUUACAAGGUAAGUACCGUUUGAAUAAAAUUCAGUGGAACCUCCGAUGACGGCAACGGCAGCGAAUAGAUAAGAUUUGAUAACUUUAUUACAUCACCUCAGGAUAUCUCAAAUGAUAAAAAAGUAUUUGCAAAAUUAUUGAUAAUCAUUUAUAAAAUUGAGCGAAAUAAAUAUUGCAAAAAGCUAAGACUACUUAAGGUAUAUAUAUGUACAGUAUAUAUAAAAAAGAAAAAAAAAUUAAAACAAGACAUUUUGCUGCAUCGCAACAUCGUGAUUAGCUAAUAAAUAAUUCACGUGAUCACUUUUGUCGCUAAUGUCAUUAAAGAUUUGUUCCGAUAGUUCCAACAAACCAUUUGAAUCAGGUUUCGAUGAUUUUAAAACGAUUGAGACCGGCCUUAGAGGCGUUGAUACUUGUUAAACAUCGGACUGCUUAUGGUAGCUGGUUACAAUAUUUGAUAAUCUAUUUCUAAAGAAGUCAUGCGCUGAUCUUAAGGAAUGAUGCGAAAUGACUGGGAGAUUGCGCGUGUGGUAUGCUGAAUUUUUCCUGAACCCUGAACAUAUUUUGACUGUAAUCUACCAAGCCUUUCAUGAUUUUGAAGGUCUCAAUUAAGUCACCACGCCUUCUGCAUUUCGGUAAGAUUGCUAAUCUGAUACGCUGUGACCUUUGACGAUAAGGGAGUAGACCCAUGCCUUCGAAAAGUUACUCACAAAGUACAUUUGUGUAAAGGUGCCUCCGAGGCAUUACUUGUCGACCUCUGCUGAGUCGUUCAACGCUUCAGUUUUCUGAAACUGGUGAUGAAAGAAGCCCUGUACCUAUAACAAGCUUGAACAUUUUACCUCAAUAGAGAGAAACAUUCUUGUUCCGCGCGAGAUCAGAUACCGUGACGUCUCGUUUUCAAUAGCUUUUUCUUUUUCACCUUUCCCCUGAGAGAAAUCGACCUUUCCUCCUGGAGAGCGUUUUUUAAAAGGUCGCGUUUUAGCGAGUGUUUAAUUCUGAUAUGGGUUAUAUCUGUAGACGGAAGACUAAUUCCACCGAAAAAGAUGCUUUUUCAAAGAACCGAAAAAGGCGUCUGCUCUCGCAGGCUUCAAUACGUGUGGACGCGCCUAAUGUUUUUAAUGUCUUUUAUUAUUAUUUUGCGCGGGUGGGUGCACCGUGUGCACUCAACAUCUACAACAUACCUUUUGCGUAGAGGUUCAAAAAGUCUAUAUUUUAUCCGGCGUUUUGAAUUUCUAGCGUUUGCGAAAAUUGUUAGGACAACAAUUACGUUCUUUUCAGUGUGCUUAUUUUCACCGAAAUAGUAAACAUAAUUAUACAUCGCGGACAAGCAUCUCACUGAACGUCGCUGAGUCAAAAUUUGUUAAAUGUUCUGUUUUUCACAAUGGAGAAUUGUUUGAAAUUCGACAACGACAGACUUUGUUUAGCCGUUUUCUUCGCUCUACGCUAAGGGUAAGUUAUCCUAAUUUUUGGAGGAUUAAAGCAGCUAAGGAUUGAUGGUGAAUAAUAGACUAAGUUAACAUUAUAUUUAUGUUCUGGUAGGACGAUUUUUUUGCCUUCAACUCAUCAUUUAGAAGAAGACUAGUAUUGACCCGUGCACUGGGUGCAACAAAUCCAUUAUUGUCCAGUCUCUGUCCCCUAUGCCUCCAAAAAAAUUACAUAUUAUAUUCUCCAUUUUAUUGUAGAUUUUACUCGAACAUUGAACUACCAUAAGCUAUGUUUUGAAAGCAACCGACUUUUUGAAAUUUUGACUCAUUGCAGAGGAAAAGUGCCGAGUGAAGGUAGCCACUGGGCCCUCAAUUUAGGGGCUGCCCAUCUUAUAUUCCAUCCAAAUGCUGUGUUUGAGCCUACGUCAAUAGUGGUCUACAGAUGGAAAUCCAGUGUCUGCUCAGCCCCACUACAGGAACACGAGGCCAUUGUCAGCAAUGUUAUUGAACUAUCUUCCCACGAUGGCCAACGCCUGAAAUUCAAUACCAUGGCAACUUUGUCGCUCUCUCACAGCGCACCGGACCUACGGGGCUACGAAGUGGUGAUAAAACGGCAGAUCAACAAAGAAACCAAUGAAUGGCAAGACGUGAGUGGAACCGAGGACUUACGCUGUCGCCAAGGUAAUGUAGUAGACUUAUGGCAACUAUAGAGAACCGUUUGGCAGACCCUGUUUCCCUAAGCGGGUGGCGGUGUACGUCAUCCGUAUUGCUGAAGGGUUUGUUUUGUUUUGUUUUGUUUUUUUUGAGAUAGUGUUCAUAUCAACUGCCGAUUGCGCUCUCGAUCUGAAUCUUGUGUCCAGUCUUGAUUUCUAUAGCGUCAGUCUUUUUUAGAUGGCAAAGGAAGUAAAAAAAGAGCAUAAUUAUUAUGAUAGUUACAUUUUACUUGUAUUUUUUGUCGGUAACAGACAUCGAAGAUGAGCGCCCUUCUCACAAGGAUAUACCAGACCUUUUAUUCCCCGUUGCUCAAGCUGACAUAAAUGAGUGCUCAACAUAUGCAGUGGUUUGCCGUCUCAAAUCUUCUCCGCCUUACACCAUCACAUCUACUGGCGGUUUAUUCAUUCAUCCUGAUUACCCAGGCGUGACGGUUACUGUUCCCGAGAAUGCUGUUGCUCCCGAGUCACCGUUUACCCUGGAGUUAAAGGUCGGUGUGAUUCAAAAGGUCCAUUUAUAAAGAAAGUGUUAUCAUAAAGGCUUUUUAAAGUGAUACGCUUUUUUAAAAAAUGACGAUCUAAUAAUGACCAGUCUAGAGGGCUUGACUGAAAAAUCGUUUUCUGAAUAUUGGAGAGAUCUUUUUGUUACUUGAAUUACGUUUUUAUUUAACUUAUGGGGAACCUAGGUCAAUUUUAAGGCCUAAAAGAAUACAUGAAAUUAACUGCUGGUGAUUACUCUUUUAAGUGGUACAGGUGCAAGAAGUUCCAAAUGAAGAAUUUGGAGAGGAAGGUGUAUUUCUUGGACCUAUUGUGCGAAUUAAAUGCUCUGAAGUUGUCCAGUUCUUUAGGCCCGUAACGAUUCAGCUACCAGUUUCUCUUCGAGACCAGCAAGACUUUAAACCAGAUCCCACUAAUUGCUGUGUGAGAGUGUUGUUCCUGAAUUGCGAGGAGGAAAAAAAGGAAUGGACUGAACUCACUGAUCUGGUGAAACCUGCACAGUUUGACGGGAGUUUUGUUAGGAUCCAGGUCCAACGAUUCUCUGGGUAAAGACGCUAAAAAAAAUCAUAUAGUUAUUUAGAAUAGAUGGACUUUUUUAAAAGCCACUGUUUAACGGAUCAAACAAUGGUAAGUGUUAGCUCAACUUCAUUCAACAUUGUUGGACGCAGCAUGUUAUAUCUGUUUUGUGGUGUUUCGAUAUAGUUUUUCAGAGGCUAUACCGAUAUUUUUCAAUCGCUUUCAAAGAGUUAUCCUCGUCUGAUCGCUAUAAAAUUUUCACCAGUGAUUGACUAUAGCUUGAAAUUUGUUAAAAUGUAGGUUUUAGUAAAAUCGAUAUUACUAUGACAACAAUAAACAAAAAACUUUGAAAUUGAUAAGCGUCUAAUUUUGCGCGAUCUAGACCAGCUACUGAAAAUCCAGCACUAGGAACUUAAAGUUUGGUGUUUAGCAAAUAACCUCUGAAAGAAGUAAAAAAUUCUGUAUGUUUGAAUUCGACUAAAACGAAAAUAUAUUUCAAACCUUAAAUUUUCAAUAGCCGUGAUAGAUUAUUUAGUAAAAACGUUAGAAAUGACUCAAAUUACUCUUAAGUAGCGUCAGAAUGCUGCUUAAUAUCAUAUUUCGAUGCUAAUUUUGCUAUUUUUUCCAAAUUAAUGCGGACAAUACAUAUAUCCAUGGCCAGUGCGUUUCAGUGUGAGUAUUGUCAAUGUUUUACAUUCAAAAGAUGCGAUAAACUCAAACUAAAAUUUACUAGUCAUGGAGGUAUGUAGAGUGCGCAGUAUUUUGGGAAAAUGAGCAUAACGCCAAAACAGUGAAUGUUGUAACGCUGAUUUUUGACAGGUUCGUAGGAUAGGUUGGUCUUGAAAUUUUAAGAUGUUGCAGUGAAUCAAUCUCAAUGAAAGUUUCAGACCUUUUUAUAUACAUUAUGAAAAUUAUGUGAAAAGAUUUUUAAAAAAAUCAUUCGCGUCGUUUCAAAGAUAUACAAAAAAGCGCUAAAAAUCCAAAUUUUGAAUGAAGUUGCGCUUAUACAGGUGGUGAGAAAACGGGUUAGUUUUUAAGAUCGCAAGAACGAAAAUCCCCCAAAAUUUCCUAGCAACGAAUUUAGAUAUUAAGCAGCAUUCUGACGCUGCGUAAGAAUAAUUUGAGUCAUUUAUAACGUUUUUAUUAAAUAAUCUAUCACGGCUAUUGAAAAUUUAAGGUUUGAAAUAUAUUUUCGUUUUAGUCGAAUUCAAACAUACAGAAUUUUUUACUUCUUAUGGAGAUUGUUUGCUAAACACCAAACUUUAAGUUCGUAGUGUUUGAUUUUCAGUAGCUGGUCUAGAUCCCACAAAAUUCAGCUUUUAACAGUUUCAAAGUUUUUUUGUUUAUUGUUGUCAUGGUAAUAUCGAUUCUACUUAAAACUACAUUUUCACAAAUGUCGAUCCAUAGCCAAUUACUGGUGAAAAUUUGUAUAGCGAUCGGACGAGGAAAAAACCACUUUUAAUGCGAUUGAAAAAUAUCGGUAUGGCCUCUGAAAAACUGUAUCGAAACACGUUAUGGUGUUGGAUGCUGUUGGAUCAAGUUUGAGUUCGCCUAUCCACAGACGUUUUCUCUUCGACAGCGCGCGCCUGUUUUCUCCUUUCCUCACCUCUACCCCAAACCCGUUGCGCUUGAACACAAUAAAUUCCCCUGCGGUUUUUAUUUCCAUAUGUGAGCUCGACGAUCUACAAAGAGAAAAUCGAUGGUCUGUGUACAGGCUCGAUUGGCGUGUGUUAAACCUGUAAACUGGUAUGCGAUGGACCAUGUCGCAACAUGGAUUAAACAAAGGCUUUUUUAGUUUCCCAUUUGCGAAAAAUAAUAAGCUCAGAAUUUAAACUUUCCGUGCGACAUAUUGGACAGUUUUAGGGUUAGGUUUUUGGGUUUGUCUAGAAAAUGCAUCCAGGAAUUUACCAAAAAUGACAGUUUUUCUUUUAAAACUUUAUUUCUCAUGCUCUAUCCUACUCAGGAUAGAUAUUACUCAAGUGGUUCGCACAAAAUAAAAAUUCAAACAAUAUUCUUCAAGUCUUCUCACUCUAGUUGUGGAAAAGAGGUUGACGGCUCAUGAACAAAGUACUUACUGGCUUUUUUUCACUUAACACGUUAAGAUAAGCUCUUACUAGUUUCCCUUUACAAAAGUACUCGCACUCCUUUUCGAAGUUGAUUCGUUAUAUCAGACGGCGAUUACGUAGCACAGCUCAAAUUUUAUCUGUGCCAUUUCAACGUUCAUAGCAACUCCCUUCAAUCUGGUUUUCACUCUCUAAAUUUUGGUUCUUCCAGAUAUUCCUAUCUUCUUGACUGGCGUCAAGAAAACUCCAGUGCUGAAAGACUUGAAAUUAUUGGCUAUAUGACCCGAUUGAUAAGGAAGCCGCGCAGACCAGCAAGUUUCUUCGCUUACUUUCGCCCGGAUUUUCCCGAAAUUUUGCGCCUUAUUUGUUGUCAUACACACCUUACAAAUGGGGUGAUACAAGAUCUUGAGAAAAGAGACAUAACAUAUGUUGACGGCAGCUCAAGGCAAGAUAUGAUACCAGGAGAGGACAAGGCAUUUGUUUUUGUAUCAGGAGGAAUAUGUCCAUUCGGUGAUGAGGGCGUAAAUGAUGAUGUUUUCCUCAGGUAAGCUUUUUUUUUAUAAAUACAUCAUUUGCCAAUUCAAGAACGUGGAGCGCCCACACAAAUUUCGCCCCUCACCCCAUCCUCAAGAUGAACCGCUUUGUAAUUGAAUAGUCGUGCGAAUCGGUGGUUUUAAGAAGAUUUUCUUUUUUAAUUCCACGUGUAACGUAUGGGUGAUGCACGCGCUGGUGCAAUAGGGAGCUUAAGCAACAACGACCGCGACGGCAACGAGAACGGCAAAAAAGCAAUAGGUUUGGAUUGGCAAAACAACAGCUCUUCACGUGCAUCACGCUUUUUUGUACAUUACUUUGCCGUCGCUGCACGACUACGACGUGAAAGUGGCUAAUUUCACGUUUUGUCGAGGACAUGAACACAAGACAACAACUUUCAUUUUCUUUUCCUGAACUUUGAUGCAGUCUUUUAGAAUUCAACUCCAGGAAAAAUUGCCAACAUUUGACGAAUUAAACGAGAUGGGAUAAGCGUGAUUAAGUUUGCGUAAACUCCCUAUUACCCGUAAGGACGAUGUCUCUCAGGUAACCGGCCUUAUGCUGUAGGCAACUGUAGGACGCCAGUAGGGAGUAAAAAUGUUUGUGGCAUGUUUUUUUUAACCUAUCUUGUUGAUUCCGAAUUCAUCCUAGCCGAGAAAGAAAAAAAUGAAAUGAAAACUGAAUAAGUAAGGCCUUUGUCUUUUUUAUUUAUUAAGCUUACUGUAAGAGAACCUUUAUUACACCAUGGAUAUUUUUGGUUUACAUUUGAACAGGUUAUUAGAAGACGAGUUCAAGACUGAAUUGCGAGUUCGUGUCGUUAAAAACGAAGACCUAGCAGAAAUAGAGUUCCAUAACACCUUGACACGUGCAGGAAGAAGGAGUCUGUUGUGUAGAAUUCACUUGCCCAUCCAGAACGUUCCACUUGCGGUUAGU